AAGAUCUUGUUCGUCCAGUCGUGCAGAGUGUGCUCUCGAGCCGUGCCGCUUUGGGGUACUUGUUGUGGAGAGUCGUCUUGGCUGUCUGCUGUUGUGUGUCUAUUAAAUAGUGAGAAGACUUUCGCAGUAUGGCGUUAAACCUCACCAUCAACACAAGCAAUCCUCCCUUAGGGGCGCUUCUGGCUGCAGAGCAUGUGAAGAGCAGCGUGCAGGUAUCAGUGGAGGAAGGCAAAGACACCCGGCUUCAAGUCUCAGAUGCAAUCCAGUUCAAUGAUACCAACUCUAUCAGCCGGUACUUGGCUCGGGUGGCUCCCGCUCUUGGCCUCUACGGAGCCAACAUGAUGGAGCAGACUGAGGUCGACCACUGGUUGGAGUUCAGUGCUCGGCGUCUGUGUGGUCAGCCUGGUUUGGCUGUGGCACUGGGUGAACUGGAUAAGGCCCUUUCCCUGCGGACCUUCCUGGUCGGACAUGCCAUCACCCUGGCUGACCUUUCUGUCUGGGCUGCCCUCAAAGGUCAUGGGGAAUGGCCCAGCCAGGGCAAAUCCUUCUCCCAUGUCAGCCGCUGGUUCUAUUUCCUGAGCUCACAGGUUCCCUUCAGUGCUGUGGGCAACAAGUAUGCUGUAAAGAAAGCUCCAAUGAGCAAAUCCAAUUCGGAUGAGAAGAAGCAGGAUGUUGGCAAGUUUGUGGAAUUGCCAGGAGCUGAGAUGGGCAAGGUGGUGGUUCGAUUCCCCCCUGAGGCCAGCGGAUACCUGCACAUCGGCCACGCCAAGGCUGCUCUGCUCAACCAGCACUACCAGGUCACAUUCAAAGGCAAGCUCAUCAUGCGCUUUGACGACACAAACCCCGAGAAAGAAAAGGAGGACUUUGAAAAGGUAAUCCUGGAAGAUGUUGCCAUGCUCCAAAUCCAUCCAGACCAGUUCACUUACACCAGUGACCAUUUCCCCACCAUAAUAGGGUUUGCGGAACAGCUGCUUGCCGAGGGCAAGGCCUACAUCGACAACACCCCUCCUGAGCAGAUGAAGCAGGAGAGGGAACAGCGUGUUGAGUCCAAAUGCAGAAAUAACACGGUGGAACAGAACAUGAAGAUGUGGUCAGACAUGAAAGCUGGGACAGAGUUUGGUCAGACCUGCUGCAUGAGGGCCAAGAUGGACAUGAGCUCCAACAACGGUUGCAUGAGAGACCCCACCCUCUUCCGCUGCAAGAACGCUCCCCACCCUCGCACUGGAAACACCUACAAAGUCUACCCAACAUAUGACUUUGCCUGUCCCAUUGUGGACAGUUUGGAGGGUGUGACCCACGCUCUUAGGACCACAGAGUACCACGAUCGUGACGAGCAGUUCUACUGGAUAAUUGAAGCCCUGCGCCUCAGGAAGCCCUACAUCUGGGAGUACGCCCGACUCAACCUCAACAACACAGUGCUGUCAAAGAGAAAGCUCACCUGGUUCGUCGACCAGGGAUACGUUGACGGAUGGGAUGACCCUCGCUUCCCCACUGUCAGAGGAGUCCUGAGGAGAGGAAUGACUGUUGAGGGUCUGAAACAGUUCAUAGCAGCCCAGGGUGGAUCAAGGUCAGUGGUGAACAUGGAGUGGGACAAGAUCUGGGCCUUCAAUAAGAAGCUGCCAAUUAGCUGUCUGAAGGUUAUUGACCCGGUAGCUCCCAGGUACACAGCUCUGUCCAGCUCCUAUGUGGUUCCCGUUUCCAUCCAAGAGGCUACAGAGGAGAUGAAGGAAGUGGCCAAACACCCUAAGAACACAGAAGUGGGCAUGAAACAAGUGUGGUACGGACCUCGAGUUCUGGUCGAAGGAGCCGAUGCUGAGACGUUCUCAGAGGGAGAGAUGGUCACCUUCAUCAACUGGGGCAACCUCAUCAUCACCAAAAUCAACAAAGGGGCCGAUGGUAAGGUAGUAUCCAUGGAGGCUCGUCUGAACCUGGACAACAAGGAUUUCAAGAAGACAACAAAGAUCACAUGGCUGGCUGAGACAAACAGUGCCCCCCUGCUGCCCACCAUCUGCAUAAACUACCAGCCUCUGAUCUCCAAAGCAGUCAUCGCCAAAGACGACGACUUCAAAGAGUUCAUUAAUAAAAACAGCAAGUUGGAGGAGAAGAUGCUUGGAGAUCCCUGCCUGAAGAACCUGAAGAAAGGUGACAUCAUCCAGCUCCAGAGACGGGGCUUCUACAUCUGUGACCAGCCCUAUGAGCCAGUCAGUCCUAACAGCUGUAAGGAGAGUCCCUGUGUCCUGCUCUACAUUCCCGAUGGUCAUGUCAAGGAGAUGCCAACUGCUGGAUCCAAGGACAAGAGCAAGAGCCAGGCCUCUAGCAACACACCUGCCGCCCCCGCCAAGGCUGCCCCUGCCAAGGCUGCCCCAACCUCUGCCCCAGCUUCCGCCCCAGCGCCUGCCUCCACCUCAGCCGGUGACUUGUUCUCGAGCAUUGUAGCACAAGGUGAAACUGUCCGCCAGCUUAAGACUGCCAAGGCUCCUAAAGACCAAGUGGACAAGGCGGUUCAGCAGCUGCUUUCUCUAAAGGCCCAGUUCAAGCAGCAGACAGGUAUGGAUUACAAACCAGGCAUGGCUCCUCCCACCUCUGCUCCAGCUCCGCCCACCUCUGCUCCAGCUCCGCCCACCACACAGACAGACUCCACCUCCUGUCCACACGCCCGCGUUACUCAUCAGGGCGAGCUGGUCAGGAAACUGAAGGCAGAGCAGGCACCUAAGGACCAGAUUGAUGUAGCAGUGAAGCAGCUCCUCGCUCUCAAGGCGGAGUUUAAAAAGAUGACCGGUCAGGAUUACAAACCAGGGAUGGCCCCCCCUUCCACUCCCACCUCCUCUGCUCCUUCUCCUGCGACCACCUCUUCCUCUUCUUCUUCCUCUUCCUCCUCCUCCUCUCCCUCAGGCGUGUAUGAACGUGUUGCACAACAGGGGGAGGUUGUGAGGAAACUGAAGUCUGAAAAAGCCCCCAAGGACCAGGUUGACGCAGCAGUGAAACAGCUGCUCGCCCUGAAGGCAGAGUACAAACAGAUCACAGGCCAGGAGUACAAGCCUGGAGCGGCCCCAGUUCGGAAAGCCCCCGCCCCAGUCCAGAGCAGCGCCAGCCCUGCCCUUGCUGCUGCUACCCCUGCAGCUGCCACCGGCCUCUAUGAGAGGGUUGCUGAGCAGGGAGAAUUGGUCAGGAAACUGAAGACUGAAAAGGCCUCUAAGGAUCAAGUAGAUGCUGCAGUGAAGCAGCUGUUGGCACUAAAGGCAGAGUAUAAACAGCAGACCGGACAGGAUUACAAACCAGGAUUACAAACCACAAGUAGCCCUGCUCAGACCCAGUCCAGCUCUUCUGCGAAGCAGUCCAGCUCUUCUCUGCAGGCCCAGGAACUGUUCUCACAGGUGGCCCAACAGGGAGAGCUGGUGAGAAAGUUAAAGUCUGAGAAGGCCCCCAAGGACCAGGUGGAUCAAGCCAUAAAGACUCUCCUGGACCUGAAGACCCAGUACAAGACACUCACUGGGGAAGAGUACAAACCAGUGGCCGCUGCUGGGGCCACUGGAGGAGAGGAUAAAAACCGCAAGGAGAGGGAGAACAAGUCUGAGAAACAAGGAGGAGGAGGAGGGAAGAAGGGUAAAGGAGACAAAGCCAGCCAGGGCAAAGAGGCCUCAGGAGGAGCAGGAGGCUCAGGAGAGGGUCAAGGACCUAAGAAACAAACACGGUUGGGUUUGGAGGCCAAGAAAGAGGAGAACCUGGCUGACUGGUACUCUCAGGUCAUCACUAAAGCGGAGAUGAUUGAGUACUAUGAUGUGAGCGGCUGCUAUGUUCUGCGGCCCUGGUCCUACUCCAUCUGGGAGGCCAUUAAAGACUUCUUUGACCGGGAGAUUAAGAAACUGGGUGUGGAGAACUGCUACUUCCCCAUGUUCGUCUCUCAGGCCGCACUGGAGAAGGAAAAGUCCCACAUUGAAGACUUUGCUCCAGAGGUUGCCUGGGUAACCCGGUCAGGAAAGACUGAGCUGGCAGAGCCCAUUGCUGUCAGACCCACCAGUGAGACAGUGAUGUACCCUGCCUACGCUAAAUGGGUCCAGUCCCACAGAGACCUGCCAAUCAAACUCAACCAGUGGUGUAAUGUUGUGAGAUGGGAGUUCAAACACCCCCAGCCCUUCCUGAGGACAAGAGAGUUCCUGUGGCAGGAAGGACACACAGCAUUUGCCACCAAAGAGGAGGCAGCUGAGGAGGUGCUUCAGAUCCUGGAUCUGUACGCCAGGGUGUAUGAAGAGCUAAUGGCGAUCCCUGUGGUGAAGGGGAGGAAGACAGAGAAGGAGAAGUUUGCAGGAGGAGAUUACACCACUACUGUGGAGGCAUUCAUCUCUGCCAGCGGCCGAGCCAUUCAGGGUGCUACAUCCCACCAUCUUGGUCAGAACUUCUCCAAGAUGUUUGAGAUCACGUUUGAGGAUCCGAAGAGGCCGGGUGAGAAACAGCUGGCCUUCCAGAACUCCUGGGGUAUCACAACCAGGACCAUCGGUGUCCUCACCAUGGUCCACGGAGACAACAUGGGACUCGUGCUGCCACCCAGGGUGGCCUGCCUGCAGAUUGUCAUCAUCCCAUGUGGCAUCACUGCCUCCCUACCAGAGCAGGAGAAGGAGGCACUGUUGACCCAGUGCUCUAAAUACCAAAGCAUGCUGCUGAAUGCUGGCGUCCGGGUGAAGACUGACCUCCGAGACAACUACUCCCCAGGGUGGAAGUUCAACCACUGGGAACUCAAGGGAGUUCCUAUCCGUCUUGAAGUGGGUCCUAAAGAUAUGCAGCAGCGUCAGUGUGUCGCAGUGAGGAGAGACUCAGGCGCAAAGGUGACAGUUCCAGAAGCUGAGGUGGAGAAGAGGCUGGUCGCCAUGUUGGAGGACAUUCAGACCAGCUUGUUUAAGAAAGCUUCAGAUGACCUGAAGAGUAACAUGGUGGCUGCAGACACAAUGGAACAGUUCCAGAAAGACUUGGACCAGGGCAAGAUUGUCCAGAUCCCGUUCUGUGGAGGAAUUGAGUGCGAGGAUUGGAUCAAGAAAACCACUGCCAAGGACCAGGACCUGGAGCCUGGAGCUCCGUCCAUGGGAGCCAAGAGCCUCUGUAUCCCCUUCUCCCCCCUGAAGACACCGCAGCCUGGUCAGAUGUGUGUCAGCGGCAAGGAGCCUGCCCAGUACUACACCCUGUUUGGACGCAGCUACUAAAGACCUGCUCUGCUGAAGCACGAGGAUGAACAUCGUAGUCAAAAAGGGCUUCCCUACCCUUUCUCAUCUAGUUCUUUACUGAUCUCUUGUAGUUGUCUUGGGUAAAAGGGGUAUGGAGGUGACUGGACUGUGGGAUUUAGCCUGGGAAUAUGCUGUUUUUGUUUUUGUUUUUUUUUUAACAUACAUUAACCUUAUUAUAAUGCAUCUGUUUACUCUUCCGUUACUCUCUCAUUAUUCCGUUAGCCCCGUUUCUCUCCUACCAGGCUGCUAACUCUCUAUAGGCCACAUCAAAAGAACACUCACUGUCCAGCAUUGCUUUGUAUUAGGGUGGGAAGUACCACCAGAAACCAGGCAAAUAUUAAAUGUCUUUUCAAAACAUGGUAGGUAAAAUGGUCAAAGCAGCUGGUCGAUUGUGGAAACCAAUCCUGAAUCAAUUUUUUUCCCUUAAGUUUCUCUCAACAUUCUGAUUUAAAUGGGUUUGGGCCUUUUGAAAACUUGAAAAACAAGUACUGAUAAAAAAAUGUCUGUGGGGGAGGGGAAGUACUCUUUGCCUGCCAGCAGUCCCAUCUCUUGCAGCCAAACUGUCUCAGGAACUCUGCAGCUACUCAGGCUUGUAGUUGGGGUGUUAUUGUCAGCCCUCCUCUCUCUGUACGACUGGGUACAGUAGGAGGCUCAUGGUUCACAGCUUAAUACAAAUUCCUCAUAUCUGCCAGAGCCAAAAUGACUAAAGCUUUGAUGAGCUGUGUGUGGUUAAUAGCCUGUAAUAUAGCCUUCUGCCACUUCACGCCCAUUAAUGAAUUCUACAAGUUGUCUAUAAUAAAGUAAUUUCCAUGGCCAA